GAUUCGGAAGAUAGAUUCUGUCGUCAUGUUGCUCCGCCCACCGAUCCGUCAGUCGGCGCGCGAGGCACAGCAGAGACGGAGGAAGAUGGUGGAGCCGGGCGGGGCUCGUGUUCCGUUACACUGCUGAAAUAAGGCAGCCGAGCGCAGUUAAAUGUUUGGCUGUGGCUGAUACUGCACUAACCUGGUGCUGAGAGUCUUGGGGCUCAAUCCUUCCUCUGAGAAAAACAGCAAACCUGCAUCACUUUCCUCCAGGAGUGCUCUCUCUCUCUCUCUCUCUCUCUCUCUCUCUCUCUCUCUCUCUCUCUCUCUCUCUCUCUCUCUGACUGCAGGAUAGAUGAGCUUGGGAGGCCUUGCAUUGGUCUGUGCUGCUCCUGGCCUGGAGGAGAUCAUGCACUGAGUAUAAACCCUUGCUUGUCCUAGCUAUGAGCCAUCAGGAAGCACCGCUGGGCUACGAGCCAGUCGAGGCACCUGAAGCCGACCUGGGCCGUCGAGAGCAGUCCUCCUCCCAGCGCAGACGACACGAAAACUCGGGCCGCUCUCGCCAUCAUCACAGUGGGAAUGGCAGUGAGAACAACUACUCCCAGACUGGGUCACAGCGUCAACGGCGUCACGAGGGCUCCGAAGGGGCCGGGCGACCAAGAACCUCUCGCAGGAUGCCUGAUGAAGGUGACGUGGAACAGCAGCAAGUUCAGCGGCCUAUCCCACGCCCGGCGGUAAGCCGCUACCGCAGGCAAGGAGACACAGAGGCACGACUGAGGGCUCAGCAGCAGCGGCAGAGGCAGAGAGAGAGGGAAAGACAACAAAGGGAGGCAGAAAGAGCUGAGCAACAGCGAAUGGAGGACGAAGAGGACGACCACAGUGAACUGGCACGCUCUGCAAGUACAGAGAGUGGUUUUCACAACCACACAGACCAGGCCGAGGGUGACGCCGUCAUGGCGCUGGAGGCCGAACCCGAGGACGAGGGUAUGUACGGUGUUGCACUACGACCUGAAGCAGAAGAAUACUCAGAGAAUGCGGAAUCCGAGCAGCAGCCCCAGUAUCCUCCCCAGCCUCCUCCACUUCCUCAUGAGCCCCUGCAAAACAUGGAGCGGCCAACCAGACACAACACUGAGGCACUCAACCCCGGUUACUCCAACUAUGUUUACACCCAGCCUCGGCCUGAUGAUCAGCCCUAUUCCGAGCCCUAUGCUGAUUACGGAGUCCAGGAGCAUGUGUACGAGGAGAUUGCAGAAGCCCCUGAAGGAGACAUGCCUCAGCAGCGUCGUGCCGGGCUCCGGCUUAUGGACCGUGAUUCGUUUGGGCAGCAGGAGGCUGUGGGGUCCAGACUCCACCACUAUGAUGAGCGCUCGGACGGUGAAUCCGACAGUCCCGAGAAGGAAGCUGAGUUUGCUCCUUACCCACGCACUGACAGCUGUGAGCAGGACGAGGAUGUUGAGCAUAUCGAGGAUGAAGGGAAUAAGAGUUUGAGCUUACAGAGCCUGGAGCACCCUGCAGCAGAACAGGAAGCAGUCAGACACAAAGAAGAAGAGCAGGACGAGGAGGGAAAGCUUCGGGAGUCAGUGAACGAGGGAGGGAAAGGAGAGGAUGGCAAAACCCUCAUAAGCAGCCCCUCUGAGGAGUCAGCUCAGAUCAGAAGCAGUAGACAGAAGAGGGACGCCAUCUCUCUGGCUAUCAAAGACAUCAAGGAGGCCAUCGAGGAGGUGAAGAGCAGGACGGUGCGUUCACCCUACACACCAGACGAACCCAAAGAGCCUAUCUGGGUGAUGAGACAAGACUUGAGCCCCAGCAUGGAGUCGGACCUGCAGCCACCACUAGGGGGAGAUUCUCCAGGCCCAGCCUCCACCUCUCCGCAGGGGGCGGAGUCUUCCAGCAGCAACCUGCUGCAGCAUGAGGGAAGUGAAAACUUUGAGUCUCCAUCUCCUGCUAGCAAAGAGUCGAGGAGGAGCAUUGCUUCAUUCCCAACAUAUGUGGAAGUUCCAGGCCCAUGUGACCCAGAGGACCUCAUCGACGGCAUCAUUUUUGCUGCAAACUACCUGGGCUCGACGCAGCUGCUGUCAGACAAGACACCGUCGAAGAACGUGCGCAUGAUGCAGGCUCAGGAGGCCGUCAGUCGCAUUAAGACGGCUCAGAAAUUAGCCAAAAACAGGAAGAAGCAGGCCCCUGAGGGUGAGACACAGCCCAUGACAGAGGUGGACCUCUUCAUUUCCACUCAAAGAAUCAAAGUACUGAAUGCUGACUCUCAGGAGACCAUGAUGGACCACCCAUUAAGGACCAUUUCUUACAUCGCUGACAUUGGGAACAUUGUGGUUCUGAUGGCCAGGAGGAGAAUGCCUCGCUCCGACUCUCAGGAGAAUAUGGAGGCGUCUGAUCCAGCCCAAGAUGAAAAGCGGCAGUACAAGAUGAUCUGUCAUGUGUUUGAAUCUGAAGAUGCCCAACUCAUAGCACAGUCCAUUGGCCAGGCUUUCAGUGUAGCAUAUCAGGAAUUCCUGCGUGCCAAUGGUAUCAACCCUGAGGACCUGAGCCAGAAAGAGUACAGUGACCUGCUUAACACACAGGACAUGUACAAUGAUGACCUCAUACACUUCUCCAAGUCAGAGAACUGUAAAGACGUUUACAUAGAGAAGCAGAAAGGAGAGAUCCUAGGAGUGGUGAUUGUUGAGUCAGGCUGGGGCUCCAUUCUUCCUACAGUCAUCAUUGCUAACAUGAUGCAUGCUGGACCAGCAGAAAAAUCUGGAAGACUAAAUAUUGGAGACCAGAUCAUGUCUAUCAAUGGCACCAGUCUGGUUGGACUUCCUCUCUCCACCUGUCAGAGCAUCAUCAAGGGGCUGAAGAACCAGUCCAGGAUCAAGCUGAACAUUGUGCGAUGCCCACCAGUCACCACUGUGCUCAUCAGAAGGCCAGACCUGAGAUACCAGUUAGGAUUCAGUGUGCAGAAUGGCAUUAUUUGCAGCCUUAUGAGAGGAGGGAUAGCUGAACGAGGUGGCGUUCGUGUUGGUCACCGCAUCAUUGAAAUCAACGGACAGAGUGUGGUUGCGACUCCUCAUGAAAAGAUUGUACACAUUCUGUCCAAUGCAGUUGGUGAGAUUCACAUGAAGACUAUGCCCGCUGCCAUGUACCGCUUGUUAACAGCCCAGGAGCAGCCAGUUUACAUCUAAAAGCCACAAAAAUACCCUCAACCUUCUGAGCUCACCUCACCUCACCUCACCUAACCUCACCCUGAUCUUUAUCCUGUGGACUGAUGAUUGUGUGAGUGUAUCCAUGUCCACUAUUUAUCCACAGUGUUUCACUUUCUCCCUACUGCCUGUCACCUUCCUGUCAGCAGAAGGCUUUCAGCCUGUAAAACCUCUAGUUCUGCACACGUCUCCCCAUCAAGGUGGAAGAUCCUGACCCAGACCGCUCAGUGACAACAUUCCCAAACCUCCACUGAUUAGAAUUCAUAUUUACACUAUUAAAUUCUGAUAAAAGUUUCACACUGUUUAGAAAUCCAGUGAGUUCGAUGUUAUUUAUGGAAACUUGUUAUUUUUUUUUUCCUCAUGUGAUUUAAUUGAACCUGGCAACCAUCAAACAUUCCAGCUUUAUUUUCUUCCAUUCACGUUAUAAACCUGCAGCUGUUAGCCGUUAGAUGGUGGAGAAGCGGACUAAACUUUUCUGAGGAUCUGCAGGCUUUAAGUGCGCAUUCCUCCCAGUAACGGCAAAUUAUAAUAAACAGAACCGUGUGCUUUGUGGUCUCACACACACAGAAGGGGUUCUCAGACAUUUCAUCAAAGACCCCCUUACCUAAAAUCCACAGACAUUCUCAGUACACAUUUCUUUUACAAACUAACACAUAACCUAGCUACAAUAUUCCAAACCAGUACAAUAAAUUGUCAUUUCGAUUCCAGUUGCUAUCAUAAAUUUGAUAAUGGUGGGUUUGCACAAUGUGGCCUUAAAAUAGUGAUGCCAUACAAAAACAACUUAGAGUUGAUCAAAUCAUAAUGCAGCACAGAGAAACAUAAGACGAACUUAUGUAGCGGUGAGAUGUGAAGACCAUUUAGUCAGAAUUAGAAUUUAGUCUGGAAAUAAAAAUGUGAAAAUGAUGUACAAGUUUCAGAAUGAUUGUGACCAGAGUUUUGUCUGGAUUUUGUCCCUAAUUUUGUGACAUUUCAUGGUGACUGAAUAAUUUCUGCUUUUAUUUUUUUUUUCUAGUGUACAGAACGCAUUUUCUUUUUUCUUUCUCAAAUUUUUCUUAUUGAUCCUUUAUGUUCGAGGAUAAUUCUGUUUGUAUGUGUACUAAGUAUUUAAUUUUGUUUGGAAAUAUAUUUAUACUUGAACAAUAUUAUUUGAAGAAAUAUGUUUAUAAAGGGUUAUAAGUCAUAAACUGGCCUGUCUUUAAGAGUAUGAUUUUAUUUUUGUUUGAAGUUAAAAUCAAAUGUCUAUUCUGCUUUUUAAUUCUUCACCAUUUGACGUUUUGAUUCCUUGUGUUAGUGGUUGGCCAGAAGCUCUUCAGUGUUCUGCCCUUAUAAAUGUGAUAGACUGCAAGUUCUCCUAAGACUUAAAAGCUUUUAGUGCAUCUUUCACUGCCCUGGCUGAUCUCCACUAAGUCACAAAUUUUACAAUACAACUGAUACUGUGAUAGAAAUGAUGUUGUGAAAUGCUUGGUACUGGUGUAUCAGUAAUACCGCAGGUAUAGGUGCGUAUUUGAAGCAUUGUGAUGUUAAUGGUACCAUGGAUUAAAGUCUAUAUUCACAAUCACAGGCCACAUUAUUGCUGCAGUACGUCCGUGUCAUAUAUCCAAACGUGGCUUUUGUACACACACACGCACACAUAUGCGCACUGCUUUCUGUCUCAUCUCUAAACAUCCUUGCCUUACAACUGCUGUAAUUUCCAUGGAUGCACAAGCAGGACGGUUUCACAGUACUUUUCUUAAGCAUGGUCUAUCAUGUCCUUGGUAUGCAUUCAUGCUAGUAGUGGGUGUGAUGUGUGAUGACAAAUUACUCCAUGGACAGAAAAAACAAAACAAAAAAAAAAAAACCAGCUACAUAACUGCAUAUAAAUAUAUAUUUAUAUACGCACAUACAUUUCAGUAUACACAUCCAGUGAUUGUGUAUAUACAGUAUGUACAUUUAAGAUUUGCAAAGCAGCAGGCAAGAAAGAAAGAGAGACUCGUGUAGUACUCUUUUCCAUUUGCUCUUUAUCUCGGUGCCGGAGGAUUUCUGCAGUUUCUGGAGCGUGACGACGACAAACACACGGAAAUUGUCAUCCAAGUUAGGUCAGUAUGAUUGCAUUAAGCUGACGUGUGACAUUUAAUCCAGCUCCAGUGAACAGGUUCAUUUUUUGCAAAUUCAAACUGUACUUCAGUUCUGAUUCAUUUAUUAAAAUAUAAAUGUCAUUACUGCAGUUCUGUGUAUACAAACAAGGCCACAUAUAUGCAAGCUUUAAUGAUGUUGUUGGCUUUGGAUGGGUUUACAUGAGAGAAUAUAUCAAAAAUCACUGUAUGUGCAGCUUUAUGGUCUCUGGUGAAACACAGUCAAGACUAAAAUUCCCUCCCCCCCCCCCAAAAAAAACCACACUGAACACAGAUGUGAAGUACGCAAUGGUGUCAGUGCUGCGAGAGUAAACACAGGGCCUCGUGUUGUUGUUAUAAUUAGGAGAUAAAGACGAUAAAGAUACAGAGUAGAUGGUGGGUUUGACUAGUGUUUCUUAUGCACUCGCUCUGAAUGUAUUUAAACUUAUAUCUAUGUUUGUCUAUAUGGUAAAGAAAUAGGGAAAAAAAAUACCACUUUCUGUAAAGCAAUGGCAAUGUUUAUUUAUUUGCGAGCUUUUUCUGUGAUGAAUCAUUGAGCCACAUUCCUGCACCAUAGCAGGAAUGUUUGUAACAGUAUUUACGACAAUAAAUGACUUAAUGAGAAAAUCUA